AUUCAUUAGAACAAACACAAUAUAAAAAUGUUUAACAAAGUUACAAUCUUCAUUGUUGCCAUAGCUGCAGUGUCCGCUCAAGAGCAACACAGCCACUCUUACUCAUCAAAGUCUGUAGUCCAUCAUGAAAUCACCCACCCUCAGACUCAUCACAAAAGUCAAAGCUCCCAUACUCCUGUCGCCGUUCACCACGCAGCACCCAUUGCAGUUCACCACGCAGCCCCCGCAGCGGUCCACCACGUUGCUCCAGUCCAAGUUCAUCAAGCUCCUGUAGCUGUGCAUCACGCUCCCGUCCACAAAGAAGAACACCAUGACUAUUAUGCAUACCCAAAAUACGUAUUUGAAUACAAAGUAGAGGACCCUCAUACCGGUGACAACAAGUACCAGCAUGAGUCGAGAGAUGGUGAUGUCGUCAAAGGUGUCUACAGUCUACAUGACGCUGAUGGAUCAAUCCGCACCGUCGAAUACAAUUCCGACAAGCACACAGGGUUCAAUGCCUUCGUGAAACAUUCGGAGCCGACUAAACAUGUUCAGCCAGUCCAUCAUCAUUGAACGUUUUUCUUCUAUACACCGAAUAUUAUGUGUUACUGUCGUUUUAAUUAAAUAAAUUGUUAUGUUUUUA